GCAAAGUCAAACAUCACUGCCUCAGAAGAUGCCCUCUGGCCCAGGCUGGUUGCACUGUGGCUUCCUGGAUGGCGACAGAGGACAGGGAGGUGAUGGAAGCCCAGGGAGCAGGAGAAAGUUGUCCCACCUCCAAGCUGGUGCCUGGUGACUCCACAUCUGAAGGGAAGCUGAGGGCCACGUUGGAGACAGAGUCCCUGAAACCGGACUCAUCUUACGACUACCUGGAGGAGAUGGACACCGGUGAAGACAGAGGCUGCCCAGGGCUCCCCAAGUCCGGCCCCACCACCAAGGGCCAGGCAGGAGAUGCGCCCGAGCCCUCGGAACUGUCCCCGGCCCCAGGGACGGAACGCGCAGUCUUGGUGGAGCUGGAGAGGUUGCGCAUGGACUUCGAGCUGGUGCGGCUCAAGCACCUGCAUGAAGAGAACGAGCGGCAGCGGCACCACGAGGCGGUGAUGGCGCAGCUGCAGCAGCAGCAGAUGGCACCCCGCCAGUUCUCAGGUGGCCUCCAGGACCUCCUGCUACCCCAGAACCAGUUUGCCAUGUUCCUGUUCUGCUUCAUCUUUGUACACGUAAUCUAUGUCACCAAGGAGAUGGUCUUCUUUCUCUUCUCCAGGCACUACCUGUUCUGCAUUGUGGCCAUUUUGCUGUGUUUGAUUAAAACUUUAUGGUCCUACUUCUAA